AUGAUUACUGAGCUCUGAAAAUAAUUAUUAAUUUUUUUUAUCAAUUUAUUAAAUUAGUUAUUCAAUUCAAGUUAUUAACUUAAUCAUUUUGUCUUUGUUAUAAUGUAUAAUUUCAUUAUUGUUAAACAUUUAAGGUAUCCAUUAAAAAAUGCAUCAUUGGAGGAUGAAAUCACAAUGUCAAAAUACAUGCCCUAAAUACUCUGAUUUUCAUAAAACAUAUGAAAUUAAUCAUGAUCAUUGCCGAAUUAUACAUUUCAAUGAUAAGGAACAACCUAAGUCAAAAUCAAAUCGUGUAAUAACUGCCAAAUACGGAGUCUUAUCAUUUUUACCAUUGUUUUGCAUUGAACAAUUUCGACAUUUUCCCAACCAGUAUUACACUUUUAUAGCCAUACUACAGCAAAUACCUGAUGUAUCUCCAGUGGGCAGAUUUACAACUAUAAUACCUUUGGGUUUUGUAUUUUUUAUUUCAGCCAUUAUAUCAAUAAUUAAAGACGUGAUCAUAAAUAUAAGAGAUCAUAAAAUUAACUUCACUCGUGUAGAGGUAUUAAGAAAUGGCAUUUUAGUUCAAGAAAAAUGGAGCGAUAUUGGUGUCGGAGAUAUUCUUAAAAUCAAAAAAAAUGAUAUCUUUCCAGCGGAUCUUAUACUUCUUUCAUCUAGUGAACUUUAUGGUACUUGUUAUGUCGAAACUUUUAAUUUAGAUAACGAAACAAAUUUAAAAAUUAGACAAUGUCUUCAAGAAACAUUGUAUUGCAAAGAAUUACAAGACUUAAUAAAUUUAAAUGGAUUUAUUGAAUGCGAAUUACCAAAUAAGUUAUUAUAUACAUUUUUGGGAAGGCUUACAUUAAUGAAUAAUUCUUCUAUACCUUUAGAUAAUAAACAGUUUUUACAUAGAGGAUCAAUUCUUAGAAACACAAAUUGGAUUUAUGGAGUCGUAAUAUACACUGGUGAAGAAACGAAAUUGAUGCUAAAUAAGACCGUUAAUUCUUUAAAAAAAUCAACAAUGGACAGAUUUUUAAACUCGCAAUUGAAAACUGUUUUUUUAUUGAUUAUUCUAUUAAGUCUUGUAUGUGCUAUAUGUAAUACUUUGUGGACAAAAAAAAAUUUCAAAAACCAUUGGUAUCUUGAGUUAAAAGAUGCUGAUUCAUACACAUUAUUUUUGCAAUUUAUCAGUUUUUUUAUUAUAUUUCAUAAUACAAUCCCUGUAUCACUUCAAGUCUAUGUGAGAGUUGUACGUUUAUUACAGGCAUGGUUCAUCAAAAAUGAUAUUGACAUGUACCAUGAAGAAAACAACUCGCCUGCCAUGGUUAAAUCACCAAAUCUUAAUUUUGAAUUAGGCAAGGUAAAAUAUAUUUUUUCUGAUACAACUGGUACACUGACUAAAAAUGUUAUGCAAUUAAAACAUUGUUCAAUUGCCGGAGAGUUAUAUUAUGAAGGAUCUCGAAAUAAGAUUAUAAAAAAUAUGAAAAAUCAUUCAAGAAGAAGUUAUAUCUUGGAAUUUUUUAGAAUCUUGUUAACAUGUCAAACUGUAGUUUCGGAGAGAUUUCAGUAUGCUGGUGGAAUAGUGAACAACAGUAUAUCUCCGGACGAAUUAGCACUAGUUACUGGAUCUCAAAAAUUUGGAUUUACUUGUCUUACUCGCUGUCCAAAUUCAGUAACUAUAAAAACAUUAGAUUUAGAAGAGCAUUACGAAAUUUUAAACAUAAUUGAGUUUACAAAUUCUAGAAAAAGAAUGUCAGUUAUUGUUCGGACAUCAGAUUCUAAAAUUAAACUAUAUUGCAAAGGUGCUGAUACAGCUAUUUUUAAGUGCUUAUCAAAAAUUGAGGAAAAAUAUAAAAAUCAAACCAUAGUACACUUGAAUAAUUUUGCCCGUGCAGGGUACCGUACAUUAUGUUUUGCAUAUGUAAAUAUUUCUGAAAAAUUUUAUGAAAAGUGGAAAGAGGAAUAUCUUAAGGCUUCUUGCGUUUUAAUAAAUCGUGAAGCUGCCAAAAAUAAAGUCGCUGAAAAAAUUGAAAGAAAACUUAAACUAAUUGGAGUAACUGCGAUUAGAAAUAAAUUACAAGACCAUGUACCCAAAACUAUUGAAGCAUUGAUGAGUGCUGGAAUAAAAAUAUGGUUACUAACUGGUGAUAAACAAGAGACCGCAAUAAAUAUUGGAUUGUCUUCGAGACUCAUUACACAAAAUGGACCCAUAAUUAUUUUUAACAAAUCAAAAUUAAUGGACCUAAAGCUGGCUGUACGCAAAAACACGCACAGUAGGGAUUAUUUAUUUAAUAAGAAUAAUUGUACAUUGGUAAUUAAUGGACAGUUAUUGGAACAUGCGCUUUCAAACGAUAUAAAAAUGGAUUUUCUCAAAUUAUGUGUUAACUUUAAAUCAGUAAUCGUCUGCAGAAUAUCAGCUACGCAAAAAGCUGAGGUCGUUGAUCUCAUAACAAAUUAUACAAAUGAAGUAACUUUAGCUAUAGGUGAUGAAUCUAAUGAUAUACCUAUGUUCAACAAAGCUACUAUUGGAAUAGGUGUAAUAGGAUUAGAAGGAUUACAAGCAUCUAAUUCUUCAGACUAUUCCAUAUCUCAGUUUAAGUAUUUAUCCAAGUUGUUGUUUGUCCACGGUGCUUCGAAUUAUAAAAGGAUUUCAAUGAUGAUUUAUUUCUGUUACUACAAAAGUGUUUGUUUCUUUACCUUACAGCUAUGGUUUGCCAUGUAUUCUGCGUGGUCUGGUCAGAUACUAUUUGAUAGAUGGAGUUUUUGCGCGUACAAUGUAUUGUAUACAGCUAUUCCACCAUUGAUAAUAGGACUAUUUCUAAAUACUUACUCAGCAGAUAAAAGAUUAAAAAAUCCACAGUUAUACAUGCCAACUAAAAACAUAUUUAACUAUAAAAUAUUUUGGGUAUGGAUUGUUGUCGCUGUGUUCCAUUCAAUGUUCAUAUUUUGGAUUUGUCUACUCUUCAUGAAACAUGAAGUAAUAUGGACGCAGGGAAUAGUAAGCGAUUAUUCAGUAUUGGGAAAUGCUAUAUAUACCAGUUCGUUAGUUAUUGUAUGUUUAAAGGCGGAAUUACAUACUCAGUCAUGGUCAUUUGUUGUACACUUAACUACAUUGAUAUCAAUACUGUCAUGGAUUUCAUUCAUAAUUGUUAAUAACCAAUUAAAAAAAAUAUUAUUGAUAUUUUCUGCGUCUAUCGAUUUAAGCGAAAUAAUAUUAACAUCGUCAAUAUUUUGGAUUGCGUUGAUAUUUACAACUAGCGUAAUAUUUAUAACUGAUCUUGCAGCUAUUACAAUUAAACGAACAUUAUGUAACAACUAUGAAAUAAAAUAAAGAACACGAGAAAUAUUAGAAAAUAAAUAAAUAUAUAUAUAUAAUCCAAUAUAUUUUGAUCGGCAGUUGGUAGUCUAUAGGUACAGAUUAAUUAAUAUUUCAAGUGCAUAGAUAAUAAACGGUUUUAUUAAAAAUGACUAUUAUUUUAUCCAUGAAAAAAUAUAAGAUAAGUAUAUUUAAAAUUGAAACUGAAGGUAAGUACCUACAUAGUGUAUAUACAUAUGAUACAUAAUCAUGUAUUCGUAUGUACUUGUAUAUGAUUUACACGGCAAUGGUUUAUAAUGAAAAUUUACUAAAUUUUGACUCAUUAUUUCGAUGUGUUCGUUAAAAAAAUUAUAAUUUGAAAAAAUUGUAAAUUUUACCCCUUUGUCAAGGGGCAAGUGGGACAUUUUUUUUUUUUUAAUUUUCAAUCGUAAAAGUAUUUUUUAAAUAUUUUACACAAUUUUGAUAGUGUAUUUAGACUUGAUGACUUAGUGUGUAUUUACACUUUCAUAUCAGUACAUUGCAAUAAUCAUUAUAUUUUUAAGUUAUUUAUGAACUAUUCGGGUAAAAUACGAUUGUUAACAGCGAUAACACGAUUCAGUACAAUUUUACUUGAUUUUUAACUAUACGAUUAUUCUAUACGAAGUUUUAAGUGUUGACGCCAAUUUCAAUAUGAUAUCGAUAUGAAUAUCGAUAUUGUUGUAUACCACAUAUCUGUAUGAGUGAACUUGAAAAAGUUAAUAAA